CACGCGGAGAGCCCAACAGAGAGACUGCAUCCGCUCCUGGUAGUCGCUACUGCUGCACGUCGCUCUAACGGAUUCUAACUCGAUACACAUCUCAGGAUUUUUUCUUUUUUUUCAAGGGAGAAGAGACUUUUAAAUAUCUCAAUCUGAAAACUCUCACCUCCCCUGCUUUUCGGCACAAUUGGAUCGUAAUUUCCUGUGGUUUUGUGGGAUAUUUCUCAAUAAAAAGAUGCCUGCCGAUAUGAUGGAAAAAACCUCCUCCUCUCCGGUUGCUGCAACCCCGGCAAGCAUGAACACAACUCCCGAUAAACCCAAGACAGCCUCUGAGCACAGAAAGUCGUCAAAGCCAAUUAUGGAAAAGAGAAGAAGAGCCAGAAUCAACGAGAGCUUGGGGCAGCUGAAAACUCUCAUCCUGGAUGCUCUCAAAAAAGAUAGCUCCAGACACUCCAAACUGGAGAAGGCGGACAUCCUGGAGAUGACUGUGAAGCAUCUCCGGAACCUCCAGAGGGCUCAAAUGACCGCUGCCCUGAACACCGACCCCACUGUCUUGGGAAAAUAUCGUGCCGGAUUCAGUGAGUGCAUGAAUGAAGUGACCCGGUUCCUGUCCACCUGCGAAGGUGUCAACACCGAAGUCAGGACGCGACUCCUCGGCCACUUGGCCAACUGCAUGACCCAGAUCAAUGCCAUGAAUUAUCCCAGCCAGCAUCAGCACCAACAUCAGCUCCCUUCCACCGCCGGGCCAACACAUCCCUCCUUCGGCCAGUCCAUGGUGCAAAUCCCCAACUCGUCUCCACAGGUCCUGCCCAUGAACCCGGUAUCCUGUAAAGGUGGCUCCUCACCGGCCAGUUUACCCUCAGACGCCACCAAAGUGUACGGCGGUUUCCAGAUCGUGCCUGCCACAGACGGACAGUUUGCGUUCCUCAUACCCAACGCGGCAUUUGCGCCAAACGGCCCCGUUAUUCCCGUGUACGCCAACAACGUCAGCACGCCCGUGCCAGUUCCGGCCGCGGUGUCUCCCGGAGCCCCGUCUGGCAACACGGAUUCAGUGUGGCGACCUUGGUGAAAAAGCGGGGAAGGGCCGCAGAGACUUGAAAUGACACUUACUAGCUCUUUCUUUGUUCAAUGUUAGGAAGUUGUUUUGAAUCCUGUUAGUUCUUGUAAAAUGGAAAGAGUAUGCACUAUAUUUGUACAGCUAACAAGGGAGUAAAGUUCAUAUUGAAAUGGGAUUUGUAUUGUGGAAGUCCGUUCACUGCAUUACAUAUAUAUAUAUAUAUACAUAUAUAUAUGAGUUGUCUUUUUUUACCGUGUGACGCCAAAGAUAUGUUUAAUGCUCUUAUGCUGUUCUUCGUUUUGGAAGACAAAUAAAUUUGUAAAGAUAUGAAAA